AAAGUUCAUCUCGAUUUGUGUUUGUGUCAUUGACAAACUGAACUUGUUUGAUAAUUUUUAUUGGAGUUAACGAAAAUAAUAAAUAUACAAUGAUCGGUGUGCGCCUGAACUCUUUUAAUGAUAGUUCUGGUGAACCAGAACAAGAUGCUAACUCUGCAUUAACUGAAUUAGAUAAAGGUCUUCGAUCAGGUAAAGUGGGCGAGCAAUGUGAAGCUAUCGUCCGUUUUCCGCGUUUAUUCGAAAAAUACCCAUUCCCUAUACUCAUAAACUCUUCAUUCUUGAAACUUGCUGAUGUGUUUCGUAUGGGGAAUAAUUUCCUUCGUCUGUGGGUGCUACGUGUCUGUCAACAAAGCGAGAAGCAUUUGGACAAGAUUCUGAACGUGGAUGAAUUUCUAAGGAGGGUUUUUAGUGUGUUACAUUCAAAUGACCCGGUGGCCAGGGCUCUGGCUCUAAGGACCCUUGGUGCAGUGGCUGGGAUCAUACCAGAGAGGCAGAAUGUCCACCACGCUAUACGUAGAGGCCUGGACAGCCAUGACAAUGUGGAAGUUGAUGCUGCAAUUUAUGCUACUACUAGAUUUGCUGAGCAUUCCAAUGCAUUUGCAGUAGCCAUGUGCAAUAAACUGUGGGAUAUGGUGGACUGUGAGAGCACUGCAGCAGAGCGCAGAGCUAAGCUGGUGAGAGCUCUCCGGACAGUGCAUGGAGGAGCUGUGAGAGCUCAAGGAGUUCUGAAGCUGCUCCGUUCCCUGCUGGAGAGGUUCCCAUCUUCUAGUUCUGUGCGCGCCGCUAUAACUGCACUCACGCAUAUUGCAGCAGACACCGUUGUUCAUGUCCCUGAUCAAGUGGAACUCCUCCUCAGCCUAUCAGCGAACGACGCUCGCUCGUCAGUCCGUCGCGCGGCACUGCUGGGGCUCCGUAAGCUGGCGGAGCACGCGGCGCUGUGGCCGGCCGACUGCGUCGAGAAACUGGUGCGCGCCGCCACCGACGCACAGGAGAUGGAACAUACCAUGCUGUGUCUGCAAGUUAUGCAGAAGCUGGUAUCGUGCCCCGCGGUAUGCGCGGGCGCGGGGUCCCCGGCGGAGGGCUGCGGGGCGCUGCGCCGGUACUGCAGCGAGGCCGCGCUGUCGGCAGACCUCACUCGCGCCGCCACUGCCGCUGAUGUACUUACUAGACUUAUCGUGCACUGCUAUGAAGAAAAUCUGCCAGUAGAAGGAGGAGACUUGAUGCUAGCGCUAGAAACCUUGGUCAUUGCUACCGGAGAGAAUAAUAGUCCGAGUAACAUCAAGGCGCUAAGAGUUGCACUGCGAUGCUUGGUGCAGCUAAGUCGCGCCGAGCCAUCCGUGUACGCGGCGCGCACGGCGGCAGUAGUGGGGCGCGGGCUGGCGGGCGCGGGCGGGCCGCGCGCCCCCGCGCUGCUGGAGGCGCUGGCCGCGCUGGCCGGGGCCCCGCACGCGCCCGCGCAUCUGGGGCCCGCCCUGCCGGCCCUGCAUCAUACACUUGAGCAGAUGCAACGAGACAACACAAUCGAGAACCCUCCCGACGACGGCACGACCCUCGUGUUACUAUGUACCGUACUGCUGCAGGAGCGCGCGGGCAGGGCGCUGACGCAGAGACUGGCGCCCGCCUGGCAGGGACGGCUGCUGGCUGUCGUACAGGGCGCCGACGGCUGGGUGCGGUACAGGGUCGCCAGGGCCGCACUCAGAUACGGACACCACCGCCUAGCAGGAGGUAUCCUGGCGCGUCUCUCGCAAGAAGCCCCGAGUGAGCCGGCACAACGUUGGCUUACUGCACUACAUCGCGCUGCACUCGCUGACGCUAAGCUGGUGGAGGAAGGGAUGCGCGCGCGCGCCGCGGCGCUGGCCGGCCUGGCGCGCGCCGCGCACGCCGCCAGGACGCUCUGCACGCAGCCGCCGCCCGCCAUCGCACACGCCUUCUCGCAGACUAGCCGCGAUCCUGCCCUGAAGGCCGGGGCCUUCGCCCCCGCGGUCCGCAAGGCGGCGCGCGCAAUGUGGCAGGUCGCACACAAGUACUCCGCCAUAGCGCGCACUGCAUUCCACGCUGAUGAUUCUACGCUACGUCAUCUACAAAUUUCUCAGCACACAUAUAGCCAACUAGCUCAAUUCUUGGAGCGAGUGACCUCCAACAGUCAGGAGCGCCCUCCAGAGCUGGACAACGUGGACCUGAAGCCCACUACCCUGGAGGAGAAGAUAGCUCUGUCUGCCAGUACUCAACUUACUGAGAUCUCCAGCAAACUCUUCGAUAAUCCCACUACUGGUCCAGGAAUUACGCACAGGCACAUGGAAGCAGUCCUAGCCGCAGUAGCGGCGUGUAGCGGGGGCGCGGUGUGGCCGCGGGGCGUGUGUGCGGGGCGCGCGGGGGGCGCACACUGCCGCGUGUCGCUCAGCCCCGCCUGGAGGCUCGCCUCCACCACGCCGCCCGACCACGCCGCCACGCUACCGCUCAGCCAUCGACUGGCACUCAAACUGGAGGGCGUCGUACUGCCGCCUGUACCACUCAGUAAACGCCAGAAGCCGCGCCAAGUGAAGGGAGUUCAGAUUACGGUGACUGCGACACCACAUCCUCGCACUAAUGAAAAGACUGUAGAACUGAACAACAUCCCGCCAGUUCUGACAGCGGUGCAGACAGUGACACCUGUCCGUGACUUCUUCUCCGCCCAGCAACUGGUGUCAGUGUCCACGCCGGGACUGUAUACUGUCGCAGUUGAAGCGGCCUUCGUCGAUGAAAACGAUCAGCUGUGGAACACUGGCCCGAGAACUGCCAUUGUAAUUAAGGCUCAUGAAGAUCCGAGCGUGAAAGGCAGCACGCAAGCUACACGCAGCAGAUUUUAGAAAAUUGUCUUACAACGUGGUAACACGACAAAUAACAUAACUAGUCGUGUCAAACCCAACUUUCGACGUUGAUCACAGUCGAACAAAAUUGUCUGAAAAAAUCGCCGAAUCUAAAAGCUAGAAAGAAAAGUAAAGAGCAAGAUUGAACGGACUGAUUAACACGAUGAAAACAAGACAACAAGGCAUAGCCGGCAGAGCCGCUGCAAAGUCAAAGUCAAAAUCAUUUAUUUCAAUAGGAUAGAUGACUAAUUUUUAAUUUUCAUGUCCGUCUGGUAGA